GCCAUGUUUUACCUCCUCGCAGCGGCGUUGCGACAGAGACGGAGAAUUCGAACGACAUGAAUGUAGAAAAUAAUCAUACGGCAGAAACAGACAGGGAGCAAACGAAGGACGGCAACGAGACGAUCACCAUUCAGACUACACUGGGAGACGAAGAUGAAGAUGUGCACAAGUGCGGCCGCUGUCAGACCGAGUUCUCCACGCUGGAGGCUUUCAUCCAGCACAAGCUGCAACACAACUGCAGACGUGUGGAGGCACGGGAGGCGAGCAGCCAGGAUGUCAUUCAAGAGGUUACUGCAGCCAAUGGAAGUUCUUCUUCAGACGUGAAAACAGCUGAUGGUGCGUCCUUAGAUGAACCACUGAAGCCCUUUAAUGAUGAAAGCGGUGGGCUGUUGGGUCGAGGUCGCAGGAAAAAAAACGUGCCGCCUAAAGUCACUGACCAGUCAGAUGGGACUGAAGGAUCCAUAUCUGACAACGCUGACAGUGACAAGCGUGUUUACAAAGUCAACGGAGAGGGACGCUACAUUUGCCAACUUUGUGAAAAGACAUUUAAAACAACCAACAUCUUGAGAACUCACAUGAAAACUCACAGUGACCAGAAGAACUUCUCUUGUGAACUGUGUGCGACCUCCUUUCGCACAAAAGGCUCCCUGAUCCGUCACAAUCGUCGUCACACGGAUGAGCGGCCGUAUCGCUGUAACCUAUGUGGCCAGUCCUUUAGAGAGUCAGGUGCCCUCACCAGACACCUUAAGGCCCUCACACCCUGCACAGAAAAGAUCCGCUUUGUUCAGUACAAGGAGAUCUUGGUCAGCAAAGAUGGAGUACAAAAAGGAGUUGAAGAUGAGCACGCUGCAGCGGCUGGCCAGCAAGAGGUGGUGGUUAUGGAGCAAGAGCCAGAGGAGCAGGGGAUGGUAGAGGCUCAGACUGCUGUCGUCAGCGUGGUAGAAGCUGGUUCCCAAGAGGUCCUCCAUCAGGUCCACUUUACAAUGGAGGUGGAUGGAACGACACAGGAGCAGCAGGUCGUGGUAGAGCAGUCUCAGGCGGAGGCCCUGGCGGCUGCUGCAGCAGCAGGUGACAAUCUCAUAUGCCAGGCCAUUAUCAACUCUGGCAUUGCACUGGGGACAGAGGAAGCUGUGAUUGAGGAGACCUCGCAGGCAGACGAGGAGACGAGUAAAGUGGAUUCUGACUGUCCUGAUGCCGAAGAGAGUAUCGCCGAGAUUCAGAUUAAAGAAGAGUUUGUGGAGAUGGAGGCAGAGGAAGCAGGUGAUGGAGAUGAUCAGACACCCUCAAAACUGCACACGUGUCCUCACUGUAAUCGCUCCUUCAAGGGACAGAAUUACUUCCGCUUUCAUGUCAAGGGCCAUUUGGGUUACAAACCCUUUAAGUGCACACUGUGCCACAAGGAGUUUCUGACUGGUUACCUGCUGAAGAAACACAUGGAAGUGCAUGUCAGUGAGAGGAGGUACAAGUGUGGCGAGUGUGGCAAGCUGUACAAAACCAUUGGGCAUGUACGUGAGCACAUGAGGGCCCACUCGGAUGAAAGACCCUACCGCUGUAGCAGAUGCAACAAGGGGUACAAGACCAAGAAUGCCUUGCAGGUGCAUCAGCGGACCCACGGUGAUGAGAAACCUUAUGUGUGUCAGUACUGCUUGAGGGGCUUCAGGGAGAAAGGUUCUCUAGUGCGACAUAUCCGCCACCACACUGGAGAGAAGCCUUUCAAGUGCCCAAAGUGCAGACGAGGCUUUGCUGAGCACGGGACUCUCAAUCGGCAUAUGCGUGCUAAAGGGGGCUGCCAUAAGGAUGAUUCGAGUGAGCAGCAGGGUGCGGUAACAGAGGAGCAGGCGUCGGUGGACAGCCUCGCUACAGCAGCCAUCAUCUCAGAGGAUCCUCAUGCUGUCCUGGUGGAGUUCUCCUCAGUGGUGGCAGACACACAGGAGUACAUCAUCAAGACUCAAACAGAGGAGGACGUGCAGGAAGAAGAGGUUACACUCAUUCAAGACAGCCAAAAUGAGAUGGGAAACCAAAUCAUGAAGGUGGUACAGCGGAUUGUCAGCCAGUCGCAUAGCGCCGGCGGCACGGGCAGCCACCAGAUCAUUGUGCGCAAUAUGGCUAUGAAUGAGGAGGGCGCAUCCAUCUCUGACUGUGGCGACACCAUCACCAUCGCUACCCCCGAGAGCCUGACGGAGCAGGUAGCCAUGACGCUGGCCUCCGCCAUCAGCGACGGCACACUACUGGCCACGGCAGGCACAGUGGAGACGGCGGACGGAACAGUUACUAUGGUUACCACAGAGGAAGCAGUGGAGGAGGGAAUACAGAUGGUGCAGCAGCAAGAGGAAUACGUCAUCACCUCUCCCGAGGAGGUGGAGAUUCAGACUGUCAUUGUAUGAUCGAAGAGGAUCCGAACUGUGGACUGUUAUAAAUGUGGCUCGACUGUACCUGUGUAGCCGAUGACUGUAGAGUUUGUAUAAGCUUAAUGUGUAAGAUUUGAUUACAAAACAAAAAGGCCAAAGUGUUUAUAAGGUUUAUAGUUACAGAAAUCCAAUAACCUGCAAAAAAAAAUGUGUGUGUGAAACAUAAGGACUGUGUGUGCAUGAAGACUAGCUCUAUCAUGUGCUUAAUUUUUGUGGAUUGAUUUACUAAAAUGAAGCACUGUUAAUUUAUGAACUUUUAGGUGCAUACACUAUACAGCCUGAGAGAAUAACUCACUAGAUUAAUUUUGUAAGUGUUCAUUUUGAGGGCCUGAAUUGAUGCAUAUUUUCUUUUUAGGUGGCGCAAACUGAACAUGUCUUUGCCUUUUAUCUGUUCUGUCUCUUCUUCUUUGCUGCAGUCAAAAAGUGAAAUUCCUUCUUUUCUUUUACUACCUAAAGUGGCAUCACUUGAUUGCAGUUUUCACUUCUGCUCUCUGAUGUCAGUGUGUUGAGUUUUGAAACUCUUUAUAUCCGCUGUGAAAUGUGAGGCCCUUUAAAGACUGACCGAUCGUGCGUGUGUGCCUGCCUGCUUGAGGCCAUUCAGGGAGAGCAUAAACCUCCCGUGGUACAGUGUUGCUCUUCUGAGCUGGUCGAUCAUAAAGCAUCGUUAAGCAUGACGAAUACACCAGACAUUAAACAUGUGUUCAGUUUACUCGAGCAUAGUUUGCAUCAAAUAAAUGCUAUUUUCUUAUA